GCGCCGUCCAGCCGGCAGUAUCCAUUUAAAGCAGCAGCUGCCCCGAGGGGGUUCGGCACUCAGUAGGUCAGCGGCACAGCAUCGCCGAGGAGGACCGCUCGCCCUCGCGCAGCGGUGAGGAGGACGACGCUCGCCUGGCCGCCGGAGCUUCUCCGCGGCCUUCAUUGACGCCGCCGGCACGGACCAUGCGGCCACGAUGAUCCUGCAGAGGAAUGUGUUCAGGCUCGAGCUCCUCGCUCGGGUGCCACCGGCUUCCAAAGCACCGUCAGACGAAGACUGCCUGCACUUGGCCAAGAAGGCGGCCCGCAGCAUCGACGAAGGGCCCCUAUUCUUACUGCUUGUGGACGGCGCCAAAGUGAAAUCCAAGAGCGAGCAGGCUGCCCAAGUCAGGAACCACGGAACGCUGCUCACUUGCCUGUUCGAUCCUGAGGAACCCCGCGUCGUCACCACUAUUUUCCUCCUGGACGACGACGGCAGCGGUGAUAGAAAAAAAGAGGUGGCCGUGUGGCGUGCUGCCACAGAAGAAGAGGCACGUGCUCUGUGCAACUUUAAGGACCCAUUGCCAGAAAACGAGUCGCUCAGCAGCUCGCCCAGCGACACCCUGUCGUCCCUCAAUUCCCUCUCUUCUACGGGCUCCUCGGACAGCCUCAAGACGAGCUCCAGCCGCCAGGUGCUGGUGGCCGCAAGCCGGAGCGCCUCCCGCGACCGGCGAGCCGAUGCCAGGCAGCGCGAAGCGCCCAAGGUGCUACCGGCACCUCCUGGUGAACAGGAACGCUCAGGCCGCAAGUCCGACAGCUCCAGGAAGGAAUCUUCGCGAAAACUACCACACCUGUGGACCGCAGCGGCCAAUUCCCUGAAGCGUGCGCCCCAGAUCCUUGUCCGUCCUGCCGGAAAUCAAACCCUCCAACCGGGUCCUUCAUCGUGGAUGCGAUGGUCGCCGCCACGCGUGCCGGUCAUGUGCUUCCAGCCCUUUGGACGCCCUCUGGUCAACCAAGAUGGCAGGGGAUACCACCCUAACGUGCCCACGCAGUCGCCACACCACGCCAAGGGAAACUCGCGGAACGCGGUCACUCUACUGCAUUCUCCUCAACGUUCCAUGCUUCGCUCUGGUUCUUUGAGCAGCCAGGAAUCGGGUGGUUCCGAUAAUGAAGGCCAUCACCAGGCGACCGAAUUUGACCAUCACUCGAGGCACCGUUCCAAGAAGGUGGUUACGUUCAACUACAUGACGAAAGUGCAGUUCAUGUAGGGGCCUAUGUGCGUGACUGUGCAAAAUGUGUGAGAGUUUGUAAAGGCGUCCGACCUGUGAAGAACUGAGGUUUCUUCUUCGGUGGCUCAGAUACACCUCUUCAGUGCAUCUGCUUUUGUUGCGGCAGAUUCGCACUGUGUCAGCUGUUGGUGUGCCACCACGCGGCCAGCUACCCAGCGGUCAGCGCAUUCAGCCAACCCUUCAAGCUCCGCCAGCUGCGUGAACCCGACCGACGGAUUCUCCAAAUCUUCCACGGACAGUUUGGAAGAUUACGGAAGAAGCAGGAUUUCUUCGGCCAAGUUACGCAGACUGUCGCGUGCAUUGAUACGCGAGCAGAUAUUCAAGAACGUGGAUACUGACAUCUAACGGUAGACGGUCAUCCGGCUUUUGCGCUUGGAUAGCACGAAACGUAGCUUCGGAAAUGAUGCACUGGACCGCAGUGGCCUACGCAGGAUGGCGCAGUACAGUGCGAAACCCAGUAAGUCUCCCCUCUUUUGCAAUUGCAUCAGACUAGCUUCCACUGUUGCCACGCGUAAGAAGAAUGGUAAACGCAUUUGCUAUUGUUCUUGCAAGGUGGUGACCAAGUGGAAUUCGGUUUAUUAUGCACACUGCUGUUCCUCGUGAAUGUGAACGGCAAUAAGUGGAUUACUUGGCAACAACACCCCUCCCAGUCAACUGCAAACGCACGCUGUUAAGAAGCGUGUGCGGUUGCUUUUUCGUUAUGCAGUUCACAAAGACCCUGCGUGCGCCACUUAAUAAUACAUAUGAACGGCAAUCCACAUUCCAUUCAUGUUUCUUUUUUUUUUACUUUGGAGGGAACGGUGAACAUACGUGCUAGGCUCUUGUACGCCCAAAAUUGCUAGCGUUAUCCAGUGCUGAAAACCCUCUAGUUUCAUGGACAGAGUAAGAAAAAAAAGAGCUGUUAAAUAAUAAUUAAAUUAGUAAAUAUUGAUGACCCAUUCAUGAGGCAUGGUGUCUUUCUCGUUUGGCACCAACAUUGAGAAGCUCGCAGCUUUAGGAGAGCAAACAUUCAUAUGAGAUCUUAAUUCAUUUACGGCACAGAAGAGAAAAAAAAAAGAGUUGCGUUGACUCGAUGAGCGUUUCGUGCAACAUUAUGUGGCACGAUCUUGUUAAACGAGCGUUACUAACAUGGAACCACGCUGCACGAAAAAGUAGCCUAGUGCAUAUUGCACCCCGUUUCCUUCAAGCACGUUAAGCUUUGAAACACACAGCAGUAUAGGUCAACUCUGUCCCUCUUUGUACAUACGUCAGUUCCGCCUCCCAAUCGGCCGCGCCAAGCCACGUUCGAUCCUAUAUGGCGCAGUAUAGGAGCUAGAAAACGCCCAAGCGAGCGCUGAUCUUUCGAAAAUUCAGUGCAACUCGACGUCUUCCAAAAGGCGUCGCAGUGAACGUGACGUGCUAUCAAAGCAAAAUAAGGUGAUUGUGGUUACUCUAAACAUCACGUCAUUUCACCUUGUAUAAAAACUGUAGCUAAAGGUAUUCAAUAAAGUUUAUCGCUUCGAGAGA